UUAAGUAGCGCUGCUCUUCCCCCUGACAGGAAGCGUCACCCUCACGGAUUUUAACCAGAUUUUUUUUGUAUUUGAAAGAAGUUUUGGUUUUUAUUCUUUUUAAGCUUCAAGUUGUUUUAUUUAAAAUGGCUCCUAAAAAGGCAGCUGCAGAAACGAGCUCUUCUCCCAACACCACUGCUGAGAAGGAGCUGAAGGAAGAGCAGAAAACGGAUGGCCCUGAGGUGGUGAGUAAGGCUGUGAGGAAGGUGUCUCCUCACCCGUCCACCAUGGAGAUGGUGAAGGAGGCACUGACCGAGCUGGACCAGAGGAAGGGUGUGUCCGCUCAGGCCAUUCGCGCCUUCAUCAAGGAGAAAUAUGCCACGGUGGACGAGACGCGGCUGAAGACGAUGGUGCGCAAAGCUCUGGUUAAAGGGAUCGACUCUGGAGCGUUUGUGAGGCCUGCGAACUCCACGAACACCACCGGAGCUCAGGGUCGCUUCAGGCUCGCCGUCAGGAAGCCAAAAGCAUCGAAGAGCAAAGAGGCUAAAGAGAACACGAACCCCAACAUCAACCAGGCCAAAGCACCAAACGCUAAGACGGGAGAUGUGAAGACAAAGAAAAGCAAGUCUGCUGCUGUGGGGGGAGAUAAACCCAAGAAAACCAAGAAGAACGAGGUCUCAGCUUCCAAAGUGGCUCCGGCGAAGAAGCCCAAAGCCAAGCGAGCUGCUGGAGCGGCUGAUGAAGGACCGCCGGAACCCAAACCCCAAAAAACCUCCAAAGCUUCAAAGGGUGAGAGCGCUGAGAAAUCUGGUGCCAAGAAAGGAGGAAAAGCAUCUCGGAAAACACCGGAAGGCCUUGAUGCAGAGGGAAACCUAGUGAAGGGAGAGAAGAAAGAGGCCCAGAAAUCAGAGGACAGUGGAAAUGAGGCUGAAGUGACUGUGCAGAAAAAGGGAGGAAGGAAAACUCCUCAGAAAGCAGAAGAUGGAGAGCAAAGUGGCACCAAGUCAUCAGGGAAGAAGGGCAAGAAAGCAGCAGGGAAAUAACACUUUUUUUUUUUUUUUUUUUCUUUUUUUUUUUUUUAAA